AUGGAACUUGAAGCAGCAGCGGACGGCAGACAUGGAGCUACCGAAGACCAAAUAAAAGAGGCCAGACGUCUCCAGGAACUGCUCUCUGGGCGUUUCACAGAAGAAGAAGCACUGCGUAUACUAGAACACCAUGACUGGAGUCUCCCCGCUGCAGUUAAUUUCGUGUUUGAAAGUGAACCACGACAAGUGAGACAGAUCUCAGGGGCAGGACAAGGGUGGACCACAGUUCUGGCAGAUCAUAAUGUUCGCAAUCUCGCCUUUCAAAAUGAGGUACCAUUUCAAGUCCGACAGUUUGCGUGUGAGGACAAUGAUAAUGUGUGGUGGAGAAAAGUUCCGACUCGAAAACCGGUAUCCAAAUGUAAACAUUGUCGGAGGCGUUUUGAAGCAGUUCCUACAGAUCGAGAGUGGGGAUGGGCGAAAUUCGUAUGUAACUAUUGUGGAAACGAAUUCAAUGGAUUCGGCCAGAUGAACAGUACAUCAUCGCCCUGCUAUCAUUGUGGAACAACUAUCUGUCACGUGACAGAAAUUUUCCCGCCUUACCGACACAAUAGAUCUGGCAGGAGGUCAAGGACCAGCCAUACAUGUACGGCACCAAACUGCUAUAACCGGUCUCAAAAUGCUCCCUUCGGACCAACUAGAUGUGUCCAUCCCCGAUCUUUGAGACGCCAAGUGGUGCACCCAAGUCAGCGUCAUAUCAGUACGGGGUCGACUGUAGCCACAUUCCUGAGUCAGGGAGACUUGGUUGCCUUCCAGGACUAUCCAGGACCACGUAACAUGCAUGACAUAUCCGAGGAUGGAAGUGACCAUUCAGACAACAGUUAAAUAGCAUUUUCU